AUGCAAGACCAAUACGUCCCGGAAGUUGCGCAGCUGAAAACGUGCGAGGAGAAGGUGGCUUGGGCAAGAGCUCAGCGCGAUGCCGGACUGAACAAGGUCGAGCCGAAGCUUCAGGGCGUGCCAGAUGAGCUGCCAAAGAGUUCGCAGGGCCUGCCAAAGACCGUCCUGACUGCUCGUGAGAUUGAGAUUACGGAGAACUACUCUGUGACCCAGCUUCUCGACGUUCUCAAGGAGAGAAAGAUAUCCGUUGAGGAGGUGACGAGGGCAUUUUUGCGGCGGGCUGCCCUCGCACAGGUAGCGGCAAGUAGCGCAUCCAUAGGCCCUCACGCUGGGAAGAGAAUGGAACUAACCACCAAUUGCGUUACGCAUCUGCUGUGGGAUGAAGCAAUCGCCCGCGCGAAAUAUCUCGACUCCUUACCUGAACCGAAAGGGAUGCUGUUCGGUCUGCCAAUCUCCACCAAAGAGCACCAUGGUAUGAGGGGCGACAAUGUGACUACAAAUGCGUCUCUGGUUGCGUGGAUAGGCAAAAAGCACGGCUCAAACUUGCUGUACGAUUCGCUUUGGGACCAAGGGUGUGUCUUUUACGUCCGAACCACGCAGCCUCAAACAAUUAUGCAUCUUGAAACCGUCAGCGUUGUGUAUGGGCGUACCGUCAACCCGUAUAAUCGAGACUUAUCGCCAGGCGGGAGCAGUGGAGGAGAAUCAGCUCUGAUAGGCAUGCGUGGAAGUCUUUUGGGAGUUGGAGGAGACAUCGGCGGCAGCGUUCGUUGCCCGGCAGCUCAUGUUGGCAUCUACGCGUUUAAGCCAACCCUGAAACGUAUAUCCGUCAUGGGAGCUAGAGGUUUGAUGAUAGGAAAGGAAGCAAUUACAUCUACGCCUGGACCUAUGACCGUAGACCGCGAUGCUCUUGAGUUGUUCAUGAAAGCUGCGUUGGAAUCAAAGCCAUGGCUGACUGACCCGUCCCUCACAUUUAAGCCUUGGACUCCUUUCAGAUUUAUUCAACAGCUUAAAGUUGCUAUCAUGUGGUGGGAUGGUGUUGUGAAGCCACACCCACCAAUGACAAGAGCUCUCAAGGAGGUCGCUGAAGCAUGCAAAAAGGCAGGUAUGGAGGUCGUUGACUGGGACGCCGAAUCUCUCCAUCACGAAACAAGCUGGGAACUCCUGACGCAGCUGUAUUGGCCAGAUGGCGGCGAGGAAGCACUUGGGUUGAUGGAAGAGGGGGGAGAGUCGGUGUUGCCCCUCUCCAAAUUCAUUCUCCAAGAACACCCUCAGAUCAAAAAUCUUAGCCAACAUGAGCUGUGGGAUGUUUGCCGCCGCCGAGAUGAAUACCGUGCAGAGUACGCCCGGGCUUGGACCAAUUCCAAGGGAGAAGAUGGAAGAGAGGUUGAUGUCAUUAUUUGCCCUCCCUCAUUUGGAGCUGCGCCGCCGCAUGAUCAAUCUCGAUACUGGGGCUACACUUCACACUGGAAUCUUCUUGACUACCCUGGUGCGAUAUUCCCUGUCACGACAGUCUCCCCGGAGAAAGACCCCAUCGAGGCUGGCUACGUUCCUAAGAACGAAGAGGAUCGUUUUGUCUACGAAAUGUACGACCCUGAGAAGUACAAGGAUAUGCCGGUAACCCUGCAGAUCAUUGGUCGACGGAGUCAUGAUGAGAAGGUACUUGCCGCGCUGAAGGAAAUCGAGCUCGCUAUGGGAAGAGACAGUAAUUCCAGAGUCGAAAACCCGUUACAAAUUAUUGCCAAGAAUUAG